CCUUUUGUGUACUUCCCGCCAAUUUUCAAUACUCGAGGAAGACACAUACCAUAGCAAGCGAAGAUACUUUUAGUUUUCUACUUAUUUGAGCUGGAUCCCCAACCUAGAAUCCUUUGUUUAAUAACAUAAAUGUCAAGCUAGUAUAUUUUAACUGCUGACGAAGUUUUUGCAGCGGAAUCAAACAGAAUGCGGGGACCAGGGACGACAGAGAGUGCAGUCUCACCGAGCAAUUCGCCAGAUGCCUCUACCUCUGGUGAAAGUGAUCCGUGCACUAGUCCUCCAUGCAAGCGUCUCAAACAAGCUGUUUUAGCUUUCCCUUCCCCUGCCGAAACUGAACCCUUAAAUUCAACACCAAAUACACCUAAUGGAAGUUAUAAGAAUACAGACACAGUCAACAUUAGUCAACCCACACCCUCGGCAUCACAUGAUAGCGAUGUGGUCAUAAUCGCGGAUAAUGCCCCGGCUGGAGGACUUGUCACUGCAGCCCCCUCUCCACCUGAUAAAAAGCAGUCGUCAGUUUGCCAUACUCCUCCAAAGACACCCUCAAGCAAGACUACUCCAGCUGAUGCAGAAACCAAGACUAGUCCAAGCACAACUUUACCCCAGACAAACAAAGCUGUUAAUGACAAGACUCCCUUGAGACCGACCAGCGCUGAAAAACUUAAAAAGAAAGAAGAAAGAGAAAGAUUGAGAAAUGAAAAGCUAAGGCAAAAAGAAGAGAAAGAAAAGCAAAGACUUGAGGCAAAGGCUGCUAAAGAAAAGGAACGUCUUGAGGCUAAGCAAAAGAAAGAGCAAGAGCGAUUAGAGAAGCAGGCAGAAAAAGAAAAGAAGGAAAAAGAACGGUUGGAAAAGAAACAGCGAGAGGAAAAAGACCGACUUGAAAAGAAAGAGAAGAAGGAGGAGGAAAAAAGAAAGAAAGAAGAGGAAAUAAAUGCAAAAAUUGAAGAGAAAAAGAAAAGAGAAGAGAAAAAGAAACAGGAAGAAGAGGAGAAGAUGAAGAAAAAGGAGCAAGCCAAGAAUAACUUUGUUAACUUUUUUAUCACAGCACCAGCCCCAACUCCAAAGACUCUUCCAAAGGCAACAGAGAGAUUCCAGCCAUUUCAAGUGGCCAAGUUCAUGACCCUGGCACCUACUACAAGGCGAAAACUUGAAGAAUCACAAAAACAAAGUCUCACCUCUGUUAUGCUAAAACAGGAUGAAUCAAACAAUAAAUAUCUGCAUGAGAUCAAGACAAAUAAACCCCCACUAGUAAAAGCAAAGAGACGAAGUAAGAUCAAGGCUACAAAAGUUAACUCUGGUGAUGUACCUAUGGAGGUUGAUGGAGACAAGAAAGACUCAAUGAUAUCACUAGAUGACGAUGAUGAUGAUGAGAAUAGUAAUGGAAGCUCAGUUGUUGAGCUGGAGCAAGAAGAGAAGAAGAAAUGCAUGAAGGCUAUCUUACUGCAGUUUGCAGAAAAUUAUAGACCAGCAUACUAUGGUACUCAUAGAAAGAAAAGCAAAAAGAUCUCACCGAAGAAUCCAUUCAAGAAAGAUGAGGUCUUGUUGGAUUAUGAAGUUGACAGUGAUGAGGAGUGGGAAGAAGAGGAGCCUGGAGAAAGCUUGUCUAACAGUGAGGGAGAGGAUGAGGAUAAUGAAGACAAUGAUGAGGAUGAUGAAGACGAGGGCUUCUUUGUCCCUCAUGGCUACUUAUCAGAUGAUGAGGGCAUUGAGGAAGAUGAAGAGGGUAACGGCGAAGGCAAGCAGCAGCAACAGUUGGCCAAAGCCAAAGCCUGGGAGGCUGAGCUCAAGAAGAAGUUCAAGCCACUGCGUCCAAUUGCUGUGGGUUGUUGCUGGGGCGAAGAUGCAUUAUCGCACGAGCUCUUGCAGCGAUUUGAGGCAAUCACACUAGUAUACGAUUCAAGUAUCAUGGGAACUGAUUGCGGUGAUCAGGCAGAGGAUUUCACAGGCCGAAGCACUCCAGACAGUGUGCAUCCUGCGGCUAUGGUUGUGCCAGAGGAAGCAAUCCCCGAUCUGAUUCAGUUCGUCCAUAGCAGCAGUAUGGGUAUCAAUAAGCUAAUUCGCCAGUUUAGAGAAUUCUGGUCCAACAAAUGCAGCAGUUUAGAAGGCUGCAAAAAGCACAUCUCAAAACGCCAGUUGGAGCGGAAAAUCCAGGCCAUAGCAGUGAAAGAAAGACGGCAGGAUAGGAAGAGAUGGUAUGUGCAAAAUCACAUCCUGGAGCAGUACGGGAUGCUGGGACGACUCCAACCGAGGGACCUAUCCCCUGCACCGGACAUGGAGAUAAUCCCAGCUAAACCUGGCAUCAAGAGCUUGACCCAAGUCGGGCAUCCAGGCUCUGCCUUAGAGACAGACCCGCUUAAAUGUGGCUUAAGGAAUUCUACAGAGCAGAUAGGUGCUGCUGCCUUGUCUAGCCUGGGGUCGAGUCAAGGUGACGAUGAUGUGGUUGUAACAGGCAUUAGUAAGCCGCAAAAGCCAGUAACUAAACGCCGUAUAGCCACAACUCUCAUCUCAACAGACCUGACUCUAAAAACACCGUCUGGAACCAAUGCCAGCAGGUCGGUGAUUGGCCAAGCGCAAUCGACUGAUGGAAAUCAGAUGAAACAACAAGAGUCGUCAGAUCUUAAUUCGAAGGCAUUAUCUACUCAUAAUGCAAAUACCUCUGGGAGCCAGUUGCAGGCAAAGGAAGCAAAAAGAAGAAUUGUGCCAACACUUAUAUCCUCUGAUAAAACCGAAGUCAAAAAGAUACCGCCAAAUAAAGCCCCAGCUAAGAAGAGAAUCGUCCCGACACCUAUAUCCUCUGAUAUCGGCACAAAGCCAUCGUCUUCUUCUAAUGCCGAAAUUCAGAAGGUCGCACCGCCAAGUGAAGCCCCAGCUAAGAAGAGAAUCGUCCCGACACCUAUAUCCUCUGAUAUCGGCACAAAGCCAUCGUCUUCUUCUAAUGCCGAAAUUCAGAAGGUCGCACCGCCAAAUGAAGCCCCAGCUAAGAAGAGAAUCGUCCUGACACCUAUAUCCUCUGAUAUAACCGUAAAAUCUUCGACUACUACUAAUAACAAUACUGCAAACUCUGUGACCCAGAUCCGUCAAAAAGAGGGCCCAUCAAAGACGAGGAUUGUACCCACGCCUUCACCCACUGAUAUAGAUUCAAAACCAUGUGAAAAUAAUAAAAGCGCCGAGUCUUCCAAACAGCAGUCAUCAAAUUCUAGUGAAGUUCCUCCCAAGAGAAGAAUUAUCCCAACGUUAGUAAUUGGUUCGAAGUGUCCUGUUCCUGAUGCAAGUGAAAAUUCAGCAGAGAAAAGCAAAGCUUUACCUGUGAAAAGAAUAGCACCAUUACCUAUCUCGCCAGGGGGGGCUAGUGACAACCCUACUGCUAUUUGUAGUGAAAGCACCGCUGCUUCGUCUGGUGAGAAGGCAGAGGGUUCCACUGAGCCUCCUUCCAAGAAAAGAGUUGUACCCACUUUGUUAGGUGGAGAAUCAUCUCGUGAUGUCAACACCUCUUGUAGCCAGCAGCCCCAAAUGUCGGGUGAAGCCCUUUUAAUGAGAAGAAUCACUCCGACUCUAGUGUCCACGCCAAACGAAGCAAGAGCAAAUCCUACUGAAAACCCUGACCAAUCAAAGUCUGCCAUCGAUCAUGUGGAUUUAACAACGCCUAAUCACUUCGCUCCAAGUAAGAGGCCAGCAUCCCCCGCAACCAGCGACCGCGCUGCUAAGAUCCUAAAGCCCGACCAUGGCCAAGCUUGUCCAACCACCCAUCUGUUGGUCCACGGGUCACAAAGAAACACCCUACCCAAGCAAUCCGAAAACGCCCCACUUAAUAAUGAUUCCGCUGAGAAAAUCGAGGAGCCGAUUUCAUCCCAAGGUCAUCGGACUGUCCCUGAAGGCGCUAGUGUUGAUACGGCCAGCCGUGCAUGCGCGGUAGGAGCUAAGGACAAUUUUGAUGUAUCUGUUCCACACGUCAAGCCUCUACUCGAGACUGGGCAAGUACUGAACUCAACACCGGUCAAUUCGUAAUCACACGCCGGUUUUACGCCGUGCGUAUGACAUGUGAAUGCUUUUGUAUAUAGCGUAGAAGUUCAGUUAGGACACUAUAAAAGAAUGCAGCAGAAUAACUCGAAACACGUAGGAGAUGAGAUACCAACAAAAAUUGCAUUACUGCGCGGCCGCCCUAUACAACGUAUCCCGUUGUUCAACUGCAAAUUCUCUUCUAUCAAUCAAAAGUGUUGACCUGUAAAACCGCGAAAAAUCAUAGCGGUUGAUAAAUGUCGAGACUUUAUUUGGGGUGGCUGCAAAUUAACGCAAGCACUAUGCACCCUAUUGGGGUUAUGUUGCGCCAAGAACUUGAAGUGCCGGAUAUUCGUUCGCGGGCAUGCCAACCAAAUAUGGAAUCUAGAGCUUGCCAGUGUUUCGAAAGUUAUGUUUUUGCUUUUUCAACUGUUUCUUGAAUUGGCGAAAAACUUUACCACUGAACUCUGGAAAGGCAUAUUUUUCCAUGUGUGAUGACCUUUUCAGCCAUUUCUGAUGCUUGUUUUUGUAGAGUUCUUUUUAAGGUUAGAUGGGAUGUAUCUGCUUUAGAAUCAGCUAUACCGAAGUCUAGCUUUGGACUUGAUACGAAUAGGUAAAAUACGCUAAAAACGGUUUUAAAGGCGAUUUGUAACUAUUUUUAGCGUUUUUACCUCACAGUAUUUUCCGAGCGCUACCAGCCACAAGCAAGUUCUCGUUAAUAUUUCUACAUCAAAGAUGAUGUUUAGAAUUGUAAACCCUUGAACUUAUUUGGUUAUUAGACCAAAAAGCAACGACUUUCUAUUUUUCUUGAGAAAAUUGAGUGUUUUCUAUAUAUCAAUAGGUAUUUUCGUUUAACAAUUCCUCUUAUGGUCGGUUCUAAGAGCAUUAACACCUUCAAACUCUAGUUUUAUAACAGUAUCAAUGAGUUGAGUUUAUCGCACAAUAUCUUACGCACAGCAAUAUUAAUGGAAUAAAAUGAGAUUGGCUAUUUAUAGAGGAGUAACAAUGAUUAAAAUAGCUUCAUUAGGAUGUAUUUAGAUGUCUAUAGUACGGUCUAAUAUAAUAUACUUUUACCCGUCGGUGUUUUUUAACUGACCUUGAAAUUAUUUUGUCCAAAGAAAUAAAUAUACAGUACACAA